UGGAGGGUGGGCCACGCCGAGUUCGCAGUAACGAAGCCUGCCCGUAGUCAAGGCGUCAAGGAAUGCAGCCCCAGCAGGCAGGAGCGGCUGAAGGAGACCCAGGGGGAGCCGGCGGCGUCUCAGCCCGCCCGUCGGAGGGCCUGGCCCGGGCUCAGGCGAGGGGGGAACCAAUGCGGCAUUUCCUGGCUGGGCCGGGCGCCCCUCCUGCUGCCGCCGAGAGGGGAGAGCGGGCGGCGGCGGUGGCGGCGCUCGCACUGCAGCUUCCGGCCGGGAUCCUGCAGCAGCCGCCAGGAGCCGCCGCCGCAGCCGGGGAGCCAGGCUGCUCGGGCCGGGCUGGAGAGCGCUGCGCCGCACGCAUGGAGACGCCGAGGAGGGCCCGGCGCGCUGGAGCCGGAGGCGGCGCGCUCCUCCCUCUCCUCCUGCCGCCGCUGCUGCUGCUGGGCUGGGGAGCUGCCCAGGAGCUGAAUCCCCGCGGGAGGAACGUCUGCUCGGCGUCCGGGUCUGCGGGGUCCGUCUGCUGCCCGGGAUGGAAGCAACUGGGCGAGGAGUGUCUGAUAGCUGUGUGUGAAGGAAACUUCACCUGCAAGGACAACGAAGUGUGCGUAAGACCCAAUGAGUGCCGCUGCCGCCACGGAUACUUCGGUGCCAACUGCGAAACAAAGUGCCCCCGCCAGUUCUGGGGUCCCGACUGCAAGGAGAUGUGCUGGUGCCACCCCAACGGGCAGUGCGAGGACGUGACAGGGCAGUGCACCUGCAACGCCAACCGCUGGGGACCCAAGUGCGAAAACGCCUGCUUGUGCAAGCACGGCAAGUGUGACCAGAAGACGGGCAGGUGCACCUGUGAGCCCAGCUUUUGGGGGCCCCAGUGCUCCAACAACUGCUACUGCAGCCUCAACUCGCAGUGUGACCAACAGACGGGGGCCUGCCUCUGCCAGCCGGGCUGGUGGGGACGUAACUGUAUGAACCAGUGUGCCUGCAGCAACUCGCCGUGCGAGCAGUUCUCGGGGCGCUGCCAGUGCCGAGGGCGCACCUUUGGCCUCCGGUGCGACCGCUACUGCCAGUGCCACAUGGGGAGGUGCAACCAGGUUGACGGGACGUGCACCUGCGACCCGGGCUAUCGGGGCAAGUUCUGCCGGGAGCCGUGUCCGGCCGGCUUCUACGGACAAGGCUGCAGGAGACGGUGCGGCCAGUGCAAGGGUCUGCAGCCCUGCACCAUCAUGGACGGCCGCUGCCUGGCGUGCGAAGCGGGCUGGAAUGGCACCAAGUGUGACCAGAUCUGCUCCUCGGGCUUCUACGGGGAGGGCUGCGAGCAGAACUGCCCCCCCUGCAAGGACGGCCAUACCUGCAACCACAUCAAUGGCAAGUGCUCUCACUGCAACCCUGGCUGGAUCGGAGACAGGUGUGAGACCAGGUGUCGCAACGGGACCUAUGGCGAGAAUUGUGCCUUUGUCUGCAGUGAUUGUUUCAAUGGCGAGUGCCACUUUGAGACGGGCAAGUGCCUCUGCCGGGCUGGAUUUCACGGGAUUUCCUGCAACCUGACGUGUCCGACUGGUCAAUAUGGCGUGAACUGUGAAGAGUCUUGCAGCUGCCAUGAGGAUUCCUGCGACCCCCUGACUGGAAGCUGCCACAUGGAGGCCAAUCAGCGGAUGGGUGUGGUGGGGGCAGCCGCCCUCUUGGCCCUGCUUCUCAUCCUGCUCCUCUCGCUCCUCUGUUGCUGCUGCGUUUGCCGAAAGAAGGACCACACUCGGGACACAAACCAAGACCUGGCCAGCAAGAAGUCUCCCAGACGCCUUUGUGGCAGGUUCAGCCGGAUCGGCAUGAAGUUGCCCAGGAUUCCUCUCCGCCGGCAGAAGCUACCCAAAGUUGUAGUGGCUCACCAUGACCUGGAGAACACCAUGAACUGCAGCUUCAUCGAGCCCCCCUCAGUGCUGGAGCAGCCCUCGCCUUCGUGGUCCUCCCGGGGUUCCUUCUCGUCCUUCGACACCACCGAUGAGGGGCCUGUCUACUGUGUGCCCCACGAAGAGAGCGUGAGCGACAGCAAGGACAAGUUCUCCGCCACCUGCAACCUGGUGGAGAAGAUGGCGCCGCCCAUCAGCGAGGAGGAGGCCGGGGAGUACACCAUCCUCAAAGAGAGCAGCUCCACCCAGGCGGACAGCGAGACGCCCUUGCUGAAGUCCUCCGACAGCGAGCGCUCGUCGUGCGGCUCCAGCUCGGCCAGCGGCGCGCUCUACGCCCGGAUCGCCCGCCUCUCCAAGCAGUCCCGAGACGACGACGAAAAUGCCCUGGAGAGCAAGAGCGCCAAGCCCCCGUCCCCAGAGCGAGCCAAGCCCCCUCCUCCGGACCCCUCGACGAAGCCCAAGGUCUCCUGGAUCCACAGCAAGUAUAACUCGAACCAGUCCAACUCCCUGCCUGCCAUCGGCAUGGCCGAUUCGAUGGAGGCCAAGCAGGGGCUGGCCAAGAGGAAGAGGAGCCCCAGCGAGACAUCAGCCGGGGUUCACGGCAAAGCAGACGAGAAGGCCCCCGCCAGGUGCAAAGAGAAGGCCCCCAAACACCCCAAGGAGCUGAGCUCCCUCGAGGGCAAAGGCCUCGCGGCGGGCUCCGGAGACCAGCCGUCGCCCUCCAGACCGAAGCAGAGGCACAAAGCCAGCCCCGAGCAGAUGGAGAACAUCAACGGAGCCGUCCAGAGCGUGAUCAAAAAGAGGGGGAGUUAUCCCCCCGAACGGAAAGGGGGUGAUGCCCCCAAGAGCCCCAACCACAGCAAGCCCCGCUCCGAAGGCCUCCAUCCCCACUUGGCUUCGGAAGCUGUGACGCUGCUGAACGCCCAGCUGAAAGAAAAGACUCAGAGCCUCAACCGGGCGGACGGGGGCACCCGGCAGAAUGGGGUGAGCCCCCUGCCGGCCCAGAGGGAGAAGCCGACCCCGCCGCAGAAGGCCAAGCGUUCUGUGGCCACCAGUGGCCAGAAGUCCAGCAAGGCCGUGCUGCCCACCUCCCCCAACCUGCAGAAGCUCAUCAGCCCGGUUGCCGAGGCCCCGGCCGGUGACGCCCGCAAAGUGGAGAAGCCAGGCCCCGGGAGCAACCCCGAGCCGGCGCCCGCGAGCGGCGAGCCGGCCGUCAAGAAGACACCCAUCAAGAAGCCUCCCAGAAAGAAGAGCCGAGAAGUGGCCACGGACCAGCCCAAAGCGCCCAUGAUGCCACCGCAGACUGUGCAGUAAAGGUGGCCCUUGCCGGAGGUCCCUUUCGGUGGCCGGCCAGAAGGCGUCCACGGGAGGGGCAGCGCCGGUCUUGUGGGAAGGCGAGGGCCAGAAGAAGACUUGGGGGGAGAUGUCCCUCUCCCGCAUUGAGGCACAGACCCCGAUGCCAAGGGAGGCCCUCUCCCCCCACCCCACAACAGCAGGCCGAAAGCACUUCUGAUGUUUUCCCCACUUUGCCGAGCAGGGAGGGGACUUUGUGGACCAAGCGCUGGCGCCUGGCAGCUCGGGGUGGGAGGGCAGGGUGGGCCUUAUUUGUACGCGUAUUAUCCUUGCAUACGAUACGCCGUGCUUUUCUCCCUAGGAACACGCGCGUUGUUAUAACCUGCAGCAUGGAAUGGUGGGGUUUCUGUAACCUAGCUCGGUCUGGGACAUGGGUCACCAAAGGUUGAGGCAAUGGGAGGCGCCUUUCUCUUCUCGCCGGCAUCAACCGCAUGGCCGCCGCGAAGCCCGCAUGUCCUGAACGACACGAGGGCCGUUUGGGACGGGAGUCGAGUCGAGCAGCUCCAUCGAAAGCUUCCUCCAUUAAAAGGGCAAAAAGUGUC